GGCACUGACUGGCAUCACUGCUGGGCACUGACUGGCGGCACUGACUGGCACAACCCCUGGGCACUGACUGGUGGCACUGACUGGCAGCACUGCUGGGCUGCACUGGUGGGUGGCACUGGUGGGUGGGCACAGGUGGGUGGCACUGGUGGGCACAGGUGGGUGGCACUGGUGGGCACAGGUGGGUGGGCACAGGUGGGUGGCACUGCUGGGCACAGGUGGGUGCACUGCUGGGCACAGGUGGGCGGAACUUGUGGGUGGCACUGCUGGGCACCGAUCAUCAGGGCACUGAUCAUCAGUGGCCCUGAUGAUCGGUGCCGAUCCUCGCUCUGACAACUGCCGGUUCUCGGCAGUACUUUCCUCACGAUCUGACAGCGUGACGAAAGUGCAGCCGAGAACCAGCACUUGCAU